GCGUUCGAGUUUGGAGCGGGAGGGGUGAUGGAUGUUGACGUUAGUCUUGGGUUGAGGGGCGUUGAGGGGUAUUUUGGGACGGGGGAGAGGGGGGGAUUGCCCACUGCGAGUCGAUUCAAGUUUGUGGAUCCGAGGCGUGCUCUUCCAUCUUCUCCCUCGGCGUUUCCUACUCCGCACACAUCACCGAUUUCGAAGUCGAAGAGGCCGGGGUUGAUUUGGCGCAACUCCACCGAACGGCUCUGGGGCCAUGGCCAUACCCACCGUCAUCAUCCACCUCGCGCCCGGGCCCCCGAAACUGCGAAAGAACGGGAGAGGCGGCUCAAGACACGGCCGGAGUUUGGACAGGGGUGGAGGGAGGUUCAUGGUGUCGUUGGGGUUGAGAUGAGGUUUGGAGGUGGGAGGGGGUUGGUUGGGAGGGGGAGGAAGUUGGUUGGGGAGGUGGAGGUGGUGUUGGAGGGGGAGGAGGGGGAUGGGGUGGGUGGAGCUGUUGUGGUCUUCUUGUUUAAUGAUGUGCUUGUAACGGGGGUUAAGGCCGUGAACUCUACAAAGCUGGUUGACCAGACCGUGCUGCCAGUCACGAAGAUCGAGAUAUCGUCACCGCAGGCGGGACAUAUCACCAUAUCCACCCGACGCUCUCACCAAACCGUCCGAUUUACGGACGAAGCCCCAUGUACCUCCUUUUACUGCACCCUCCAACAAACAAUCGAAGUACGUCGACAUCUAGUCAUGGCUCGUUCUCAACUCGCCGCAAUGAAGAUGUUGAAGGGGAAUGCAUAUGCGGGUGGUGCUGGUGGUGGGUUGACGUUUGAUCCCUC